CGACUUACCGCACUGUAUCCAUCUUCGACCUCAACAGCCGGAUCCAGCCAAGAUGACGAAGCGCACUAAGAAGGUCGGCAUCACCGGUAAAUAUGGUACCAGAUACGGUGCCUCCCUGCGUAAGCAGGUGAAGAAGAUGGAAGUGUCCCAGCACGCCCGUUACAUCUGCACCUUCUGCGGAAAGAACACCGUCAAGCGCCAGGCUGUUGGUAUCUGGGAGUGCAAGGGCUGCAAGAAGACCGUUGCCGGUGGUGCCUACACCGUCUCUACCCCCGCCGCCGCUGCCACCCGCUCCACCAUCCGCCGUCUCAGAGAAAUCGCGGAGGUUUAAAUGUGAUGAUGGGAUUUCCUUUUCUUUACGUUUGAAAUAAAAAAAAUGCCAACUUAAGAUCUGGAAAAACUGCUAUGAGCGCACUUCUCGUUUCGAAACGUCGUGAUCCGAUGUUGUUAGCACCGACUUCCUCCUCGGUUUAUGAUUUCCCCUAGACUUAAAUGCAAACGGUGAUACCAGGUCC